AACAGAACAGAGCAGUCUCCUGCACCUCCUGACCCUUUUGCGAUUAUUAUUAAUUUUUGUGUGAAUGCAUGCCACUGUUGAUUUAGCUGAUAGUGUGUUUUGUGGUAUAUAUUUCCAUACUUCUCUAUCCUAAUUAUCCAAUUAUCGACGUCAUCACUAAUACGUGCAAGGAUUUCAUUAACAUCAACAAGUAAUAAUAAAAUACUAAUCGAGAGCAUAAAACGGUGAAAUCAAAGAGAAAGCAACGUCUUUUAUAAAGAAUUGUGGAUUUUUGUUUUUCUUUAUUUUUUAUAUAUUCUUCGGUCUUUAAUUGGCCAGAAGACGCGUUAUUAAUAUUAUUGUACCUUUAGUAAAGUGGAUCACUAAACAGCAGGCACAGCCACAGCUUGGGAGCCGUUGCUGCUGCUUUUGUUACUGUUGUCGUGACUCUUUUCUCCUUUUAGCCGGGGAAUAAAGAGGAUACGUGUUUUUCGUUUAAGUAAAACAUGUGCGAUCCCAGUUCAAAAGUACAGAAAUGGACUUGCGAUUAUUGCACUUACGAGAAUUUUCCUUCUUCCAUCAAAUGUACAAUGUGCAAGGGAGCCAAACCUUUAUUAAAUGAGGAUAUUUUUCGUUUAAGUCCUCCACAAAAUUCUUGCGACGCCGAUGGUGAUGCCCGUGGUGCUGUGGCUGCUGUUGAUUCUGAACCCUCAAGUUUUAAUGCCUGCUCUCGUCACGAUUCGCAAAAUUUAGCUGGAGCCUCUACUAGCGAUAACAAGUGGGCUUGUAAAAUGUGUACUUAUUUAAAUUGGCCUCGAAGUUUACGUUGUGUCCAAUGUUAUACUAAGAAAGGAGCUGUUUUGGAAACGAUACCCUCCCAAGAUAUAGGUGCUGCAUCGGUGAUAUUAAAAACUCACACUCCACCUAAUGAAUUGGAGCAAAAACCUUCAGCAUCUCAUAAACGUUUCACAAAUCAUCAUUUAAAAGAGUCGAAAUCACAAAUUGACGGAGUUGGACAGAUAGAACCGGGUAAUAAUCAACUACAAGAAAGAUUAAGCCGUAUGCAUAUUGCGUCAAAAAUAGAUGCAGAAAUGAAUGCUAGCAAUAGCGCGGCUAGUGCUGCGGGCGCUGCUGCGCAGCGUUUAAGCCCUAUAGGCUCUUCAACUACCCAUCUCAAUAAUCUCGCCAAUAGUUCGCAAUCUCAGCAGCUUCACUCCUCUCCCUCCGUUCCCGCAAACGUACAGCAACAUAGCUACAUAGCCAAGUGGCCCUGUAAUACUUGUACUUACGAAAAUUUUCCGAAAAGUCUCAAAUGCUCCAUGUGUGGCAGUCCACGUGAUAGCAACAUUACUAGCACUGAGAACAAUGCCAGUGGCAGCAACAACCAGCAAAACAAUAGCGGCAGUGAUAAAAUGAAUGAUACCGUCUCUUCGAAUAAUUCCUUUAAUAAGCAACAAAAUAUUUAUCAAUUGGGUUCUUCAGAUACUAUUAACAACUGUGAUACGGUGCAAGAGCGCCAAGAACGUCGUCAACGACAAAUACGCCGCCAAGUUGAUUGGCAGUGGCUUAACGCCUGCUUGGGUGUGGUGGAAAAUAAUUAUAGUGCUGUUGAGGCUUAUUUAUCCUGCGGUGGUAAUCCGGCACGUUCAUUGACUAGCACGGAAAUAGCGGCGCUCAAUCGUAAUUCAGCUUUCGAUGUGGGUCACACACUUAUACAUCUGGCGAUACGCUUUCAUCGGGAAGAAAUGUUGCCAAUGUUAUUAGCACAAAUAUCCGGUUCGGGCCCGGGCAUUAAACGAGUGCCGUCAUUUGUGGCACCUGAUUUGGCUACCGAUAUACGGCGACAUUUCUCCAAUAUGUUACGUGUACGAAAAUCGGUAUUUAAUUGCCAUUAUGUGCAAGAGCAUGCCACAUUUUCCUUGCCUGCAGAAAUUGAAGAGUUACCUUUGCCUAUACAAGAACAACUUUACGAUGAAUUGCUUGAUCGAGAUGCUCAAAAACAGUUGGAAAAUCCUCCACCAGCUUUAAAUUGGUCAAUGGAAAUUACAGCUCGAUUGGGUUCACGUUUGUUGGUGCUGUGGAAUCGCAGUGCUGGAGAUUGCCUUCUUGAUUCAGCCAUGCAGGCCACUUGGGGCGUAUUUGAUCGGGAUAAUACAUUGCGGAGAGCCUUGGCCGAUAGCUUACAUCAAUGUGCACCUAUGUUUUAUACGCGUUGGAAGGAGUAUGAAAUGUUGCAAGCCUCAAUGCUACAUUUUACCUUAGAAGAAGCUCAAUGGCAAGAGGACUGGAAUACUUUGCUUACUUUAGCUAGCCAGCCGGGUGCAUCGUUGGAACAAUUGCAUAUAUUUGCUCUGGCUCAUAUCCUGCGACGUCCUAUAAUAGUUUACGGAGUUAAAUAUGUAAAAAGCUUUCGUGGCGAAGACAUUGGUUAUGCUAGAUUCGAAGGACUUUAUUUACCUUUAUUUUGGGAUCAAAAUUUUUGCAUAAAAUCCCCCAUAGCUUUGGGUUAUACCCGUGGUCAUUUUAGCGCUUUGGUACCUAUGGAACCAUAUGCGAGGAUCGAUUUACGGCGGGACGAACCAGAAGAUGUCACUUACUUGCCCUUAAUGGAUUGUGAGUCUAAACUUUUGCCUAUACAUUUUUUAACACAAGCCGAGAUGGGUCGGGAAGAAGCCAUAAUGAGACAAUGGCUGGAUGUUUGUGUUACCGAGGGUGGCUUGCUGGUAGCGCAACAAAAAUUACGUAAACGUCCUUUAUUAGUAGCUCAAAUGCUCGAAGAAUGGUUAAAUCACUAUCGAAGUAUAGCACAAGUAAUCACGGCUCCAUUUGUUAGACGACCUCAACAAACUGGUUACUCUAGUGACGGUGAUUCCGAUGAAGAGUAAUGAUAUAAUAUGUGUUUAUGCAGCCGUGUUUACAAAAUAACAAAACAUUCUACAAAAACAGCUACUACUGCUAUUAUUUGCUUAAACAACACCUAAAUAAUAAUUCGUAUGUUUGUUACAUAAAAAAGAAAAAACCAAGAUAAAAUUAAUAGAUUUUUAGUAGUGAAAUUGAUAUAGUUACCUAAAAAAGCAACAACUACAAAACAAAAAAGCGAAACAUUUUAAAACCAACAAAAAAAAGUAAUUUUUCCCGGAAGGAUGUAAAAUAUUACAACACAAAAUUCUUAUAAGUAAUUUUUAUUAGUUAAAAUUUUGAAUAAUUAAAAAGAACAAAAAAAACAAAACAGGAUUCACACAGAAAAUUAUCGAUAUACGUAUAUAUACACAUAUGCACUUAUGUAUAUACAUACACAUAUGGGUGUACUUGUAUAUACAAAUACAAAACGGAAAAUCAAAUUAAGCGUUUGGCUAAUGGAAAGCGGGCUUAAGCAAUGUCCAAUUCGAUGCGAGAAAGCAUGUUCUACUCAGCCUGGUUCUUUUAAACGUGUGUUAUGUGCGUGUAUGUUUGAACAAUCAAAAAAAAAAAAAAAUUUUUUUUAUUGUAAAUUAAACAAGGGAUUAAUGAAUGGGUUUAAA